AUGAUUCAUCUGUUUGUUGAUGGGGAUUACUUUCUCUCAGGUGUAACACCAUCCACAGAGGCCGAUGUACGUGAAUGUGUACAACAGAUGCAUGAUGCCAUUAACACACAACUCUUCUCCGGUACAUCCACCCCAGUUGCAAUAGAACAACGUGUGGUAUUCUUUUCAUCUGCUAUACUUAAAUCAUUAGAAGAACAAGAAGAACGAGAAGUUCUUAUCGCCACACUAAGACGUUUGCGAUUUCAAACAAUUGUGUUAGACACAAUCGCAGGUCGUGCGGGAUCACCAGUGGAUUCCGCUAUAUGUACAAAAACCAUGUCCAUGCUCACAAAGGCAACAUCUGCUUCAAAUAAUUUAAAUAGUGGUAAUAAUAAUAAUAUGAGUAGCAACAAUAUUAAAUCCACAACUUUUGUGUAUUUCUCAUCUAAUGCAUACAUCUCUUCUGCACUUGAAUGGGCACAAAGUGUUGGUUGUGGUAUAUGUUUUGUUGUUUAUAAUGGUGACAGUGUGGCGGAUGAACUUCUCGCCUAUGUAAGUUCUACAUAUGGGAAUAAUGGUGGUAUUGCUACUAUUCCAAAAGGAAAAGGUGUGGAUUUUGUUCCUAAUACAGAGGCUGCUAGUGCGGUAUUAGCAGCACUUCAACAUGAAGGAAAGGAACUCCCACUCUCUGUAUUACUGCAGCUUAAACAACUACAGCAACGACUCACAGAUUCUGAUAAAGGAGGAAGUGUAGAUGGAUUAAAAAAACGAAAAGAUAAGAUAAAUCUAUCUAUGGUACCUGCUGGAUCAUCAGGAGUGGAUACAUCUUUAGGGAAGAAUAAUGAUGAUGUGCCAUCUUUAUAUGCCGGACACACUCAACAUGUUCCUCCACCUAUUUCAGGCGUUCCAAACCCCUUUGAAUCCGAUGAUACUGACAAGUAUGCUCAAUAUAAACAUGAUAAUAGUGAAGAUGGCAAUAAUAAUAAUAAUAAUAAUAAUAAUAAUAAUAAUAAUAGUAUGCAGAUGAAAUUUAAUGGUGGUAAAAACAAUGGACAGGUUGCGACAGCUCCAGUCUUGGAGAAAAAAGGGGAGAGGGAGUUCGAAAGGAUGGCAGAGGAAGGGCUACCAAAGACAGAUAAAAGGGAACCUCAAUUACAACAACAACAACAACAACAACAACAACAAGUACUACCACAAUAUGUAGGAGGAGGAAAAGGAAUGAAUACUUCUGAUACUACUACUCAUACUAAUACUACUACUACUACUACUCCUGUGCCUAAUACGACCCGUCAUGAAAACACUGAAUUUGAUGGUUUUCCAGAACCUGAGGUCUCCACACGACUUCCACCUGGAUGGGCACUCAUGUAUGAUCGUCAACGUCGUCGCCAUUACUUUGUUCACACAGACACCACCACUGGUGCGGUGAAGACGACAUGGACACAUCCAAAUGGUGUGACAGAUCAGGUGGAAUUGGAACAGCAAGUGGAUAGUUGGUAUAGGCGACAACAGGAAAAACGUCAAACAGUGGCAAUAACACCAACACCGACACCAACAACAGUAACUGCUGGGAAUACUACAGUAAUGGGAUGGGACGAGUGUAUAGACCCCAAGAGUGGUCGUAAGUAUUAUGUGAAUCGUCAAACCAAAGAAACUUCUUGGACACUUCCCUCAGCAACUCCCACAGUUCCUCUUCCUGUUGCUAAUCCUCAUAUUGGGGUUCAUGCAGCAGUCGUUGGAGGAACAACAACAAUAACAACAACAUCAACAACAGUACCGAUGCCCACAGCCCCAAUAGUAUCAUCGUCAUCAUCAUCAUCAUCGCUGACCCCUACUGUGACUGAGAUGAAUCCAUUGCCACCAUUCUGGGAAGAACGCGUGGAUCCAAAGAGUGGAAGAAAGUUUUAUGUUAAUCAUCAGACACGUGAGACAACAUGGACACGACCAACAUUAUUGCCUCUCCAACCACAACAUCUCCAACAGCCACAACAACAACAACAACAACAACCACAGCAUCUCCAACCACAACCACAACAACUGCAGCAACAACGCCCUGUGGAACCUGUAGUACCUAUGGGUGGUACUGCCUCAGUGUCUGCUGUAAGCGCGCUGCCACCAUUCUGGGAAGAGCGUGUUGACCCCAAAACCGGACGAAAUUUUUACGUGAAUCACCAAACCCGCGAGACAACUUGGACGAGGCCAUAA